AUGGCUCACAGAAAGCCACAGGUUUCUCGAAGAGAGAUUUUAAGCCUUCGUAGCACUUGGGAACCUCGUUUAGAUGAAAACGGAGAACCUAUCAAAACCGAGAGACGCCCCAAAAGAAAGGUGGCAUGUAUGAUUGGAUAUUGUGGAACCGGGUACAACGGUAUGCAGAUUCAGAACAAUCCAUUGGUCAAAACCAUUGAGGGAGAAUUGUUCAAGGCCUUGAUUGCAGCUGGUGCAAUUUCUGAGGACAACUCCACAGACCUCAAAAAAAGUGGUUUCCAAAGAGCCGCUAGAACUGACAAAGGUGUUCAUGCAGCAGGAAACGUCAUCUCUUUGAAAUUAAUCAUUGAGGAUUCUGACAUCGUCGAGAAGAUCAACUCUCAUUUGCCUGCUCAAAUUCGCAUUUGGGGCUAUGAGCGCACUAAUCGUGGGUUUGACAGCAGAAGAAUGUGCUCGUCCCGUGUGUACGAGUAUCUUUUGCCAACACACAGUCUCCUUCCUUCAAGACCUAAGAGCAGUUUGUUCAACUUAAUUGAAGAAAGCAAGAAGAGCCACCCUGGUGUUCUCAGAGAUGAUAAGGAUACCGAGUGGUGGACUAAAUGUAGGGAGGCCAUUAUCGCAGGAGGUGUCACUCCGGAGGAGUUGGACUCUGUUUACGAGAAGACUGCUGAGACAACUUUCGACCAGGAUAACGAAAUCAAGAAGAAGGAAUACCAUGAUGAAAAUGGUGAGAUCUCUGAAUGGGGACAACUUGUCAAGAAAGUCAGAGGCAUCGAGAACGCUUGUAGAAGAGAGUACAGAAUUCAUAGCGAGAAACUCGAGUUAUUCAGAGCAGCAAUGAAGCAGUACGAGGGUUCGCACAACUUCCAUAAUUUUACAUUGGGUAAGUUCUACAAUGACCCUAGCUCUAGACGCUUCAUGAAGGGAACAUCAGUUUCCGAGCCAUUCAUCAUUGAGGGAACAGAAUGGGUUUCUAUUAAAAUUCAUGGUCAGUCUUUCAUGUUGCAUCAAAUCAGAAAAAUGAUUUGCAUGGCUGCUUUGGUUGUUCGUACUGGAUGUCCUAUAACUCGUAUCAGUGAUUGUUUUGGUCCCGCCAAAAUCAAUAUUCCAAAAGCACCAGCUUUGGGGUUGUUACUCGAGUGCCCUGUCUAUGAAUCCUAUAACGAGAGAUUGGAUGAUACCGGACACAAUCCUAUUGACUUUUCGAAGUAUGAGAAGGAAAUGAACGAGUUCAAGCUCAAAAAUAUCUACGACAAGAUUUACGCAGAAGAGCUCAAGGAAAACUCGUUCUUUGGUUUCUUUGAAUUCCUUGACACUUUUAAAGGCUCCGGAGCUACUAAAGAAGGCAAGCACAUUUUUGACUUUUUAGGCGCUGUGUUCAACAAUCAGUUAGAGAACAAGGAAUCAACCAAAAACACCUCUAGCGAGAAAGCUCCCGAGAAUGUGGACUAA